AUGAAUGGAGAAGGCUGGCUCUUCCUAUUUUCUAUCUUACUAACGGCCGUGCUGUUGUUCGUGAUGGUGUUUUAUGUCAUCAUGUACUCGGAUCUCGAGUCUGACUAUAUCAAUCCCAUUGAUCUUUGCACAAAGCUCAAUCAGUUCACGCUCCCCGAAAUGUGUGCACACGGAUUCUUGACGGUGUUGUUUCUUCUCAAUGGGCAAUGGAUUGCGCUGGCUAUCAAUUUGCCUCUGUUAGCAUACAAUGUACACAAAUUCAUGAACAAGACAUAUCUGCUGGAUGCAACUGAGAUCUUCCGUACCCUGAUGACCCACAAAAAAGAAAGCUUCCUCAAAUUAGGGUUUUAUCUCCUGACUUUCUUCUUCUACUUGUACCGCAUGAUCAUGGCACUCGUCGCUGGUAUGUAG